CCGCCAGCGAAUGAGGCCGGCUCCAUUUGGGGCUUCUUCCAGCCGCUCUCGAGUGUUAGUAAUAAUGGGUUCCUCUCCGGUCCCGGAAGCGGCGGCGUCCGUAGAGGAGAUGUGCAGCCGCACCGGAGAGGGAUUUGUGUGAGCCGCCCGAGGUCAGACGCCUCGGUGGUGGGGUGGAAAUUAAAGGGUCGAGAGAGAGAGAGACCCUUCCCCAGAUCCAGUGCGGUUCCGAUGUCGUGGUAGCAGAAGUUGGUGUUUUUCAAGACAGUGAUGGCUUUUUCUCUUGAAUUUGAAUAUGGAGGCCACAGGCACAGAUGAAGUAGAAAAAAUAAAAUCUAAGUUUUUGUCAGCAUGGCACAACAUGAAAUACAGCUGGGUUUUGAAAACAAAAACUUAUUUUAGCAGAAAUUCUCCUGUAUUUUUACUUGGAAAAUGUUACCAUUUUAAGACUGAUGAGCCAAAUGACGUGUCACCAAAUGGAUCGAAUGAUGAUAUUACAGAGGAAGGGAUUUCAAGAAAUGUUGAAGAGUUUCGUAAAGAUUUUAUUUCAAGAAUAUGGUUGACAUACAGAGAAGAAUUUCCCCAAAUCAAGGGUUCAACAUUAACUACAGAUUGUGGCUGGGGCUGUACUUUGAGGACUGGUCAGAUGCUUCUAGCGCAAGGGCUUAUUCUUCAUUUUCUUGGUAGAGACUGGACGUGGCCAGAUGCGCUGGUCAUUGAAAAUCCAGACACUGAAUCAUGGAAGAGUCACACAGUGAAAAGACUGACAUCAUCCCUUGAAGCAUCACUUGCAAGAGAGAAGGGAUUCAAGAACCAGUCAAGCCACCCUAAGCAAAUUUCAAAGGGAGACUUGGGAAACAGAGAAGGCAGAAAUGAGCAUUACCACCGAAAAAUCAUAUCUUGGUUUGGUGAUUCUCCACUUGCAAAUUUUGGCUUACAUCGGCUGAUAGAAUAUGGAAACACGUCUGGAAAAAUAGCUGGAGAUUGGUAUGGGCCAGCUGUCGUUGCACACCUUUUGAGAAAAGCUGUUGAACAGGCAAGAGAUCCUGAGUUGCAAGGGAUAACUGUCUAUGUUGCCCAAGACUGUACAAUUUACAAGUCUGAUGUGAUUGAUAUGCAGUGCUCUUUCGUGGAUUCUGAAAGAUCAGAUGCCAGAUCUGUGAUUAUAUUAAUUCCAGUGAGACUUGGUGGCGAAAGAACUAACAUGGAAUACCUGGAGUUUGUAAAGGGGAUCUUGAGUCUUGAUUACUGCAUUGGUAUCAUUGGUGGCAAACCGAAACAGUCAUAUUACUUUGCUGGAUUUCAAGAUGACAGCUUGAUUUACAUGGAUCCUCAUUACUGCCAGUCUUUUGUAGAUGUAAGCAUAAAGGAUUUCCCCCUCGAGUCAUUCCACUGUCCUUCUCCGAAGAAGAUGUCAUUUAAAAAAAUGGAUCCUAGUUGCACAAUAGGCCUGUAUUGUCCAGAUGUACAAGGUUUUGAAAGGGCUGCUGAAGAAAUAACUAGGAUUCUGAAAUGUUCAUCUAAGGAAAAAUAUCCCUUAUUUACUUUUGUAAAUGGACAUUCUAAAGACUAUGAUUUUAUGGUGAGCCCUGUCCAGGAAGAGAAAGCCUUAUUUUCUGAGGAAGAAAAGAAGACGUUGAAACACUUUAAUACUGAAGACUUUGUCUUAUUGUGAGGACUUUAAAAAAUAUUAACUGAACAUGUUUUUGCCACUUUCUAUCUCUUCAGAACUUCAACAUGGCACAGCAGUAGUAUUUAAAAACAAGAUGUUAAUAGCAUAACUCGAACUCACUCCAUACAACAGACAAUAAGAAUAACAGAACAGCUGUUCAUUAUCAGUUUUUUGAAACAUAUUUUAACUCGUUUUCUACACGUUUACCUUUCUAAUUUGUCCUUUUUCUUCUCCUCUGUGUCCUAGCUCUGUCUGCACUUCUUUUUCACAGUAUUAUCAGUAUUCUCAGAAGGGUGGUGAAGCCCCAUAAUGUAGCUCAAAGCCUCUGACAGUGACCUGCCACCAACCUUCAAAAUGGUUGUCCCCAUAAAAUCUCUCAGAAGUGAAUUCAACAUCCCAGCAAGUUACGCCCAGGCAUGAACUCAGUGCUUUAUCAGCCUGGAUGGCCAGAAGGGGGAUUAGAAAGAAUGAUCAUAUGAAGGACAGCUGUUUUCUACCCUAAGGCAGUAUAUAUGUGUCAGGCAGUAGCACAAUGAUUACUGCUCUACUGUAUUUCUGUUUAAACACCCCAGCAUGGAUUAAAGUGUAAGUGGGGAAAUUAAAAUAUAGUAGAUGGUUUUAAGCAGAGUUUUAAUAAGCCAAUACAAGGCCUCAAACAAUAAAUUUUCAGCUGGUGUUAGAAGACAACAAACUCAUAAUCAGAUUAUCCUUAGGAGAAAGUUCCAAAGCUAGGACAUUGAUGGACAGCGGAAAAUGAAGAAUUCAUGGAAGACACUGCAAGAUGACCAAUCCAGCAAGAGCUGUUGGUGCUGUAACAAUUGUGCACCUUUCAUCUGAUGCUGUGAACCACUUGAUUGUGGUUACCAAGUCUGUCCCCUUAAAACUGGUAUUCUGGAAAUGCUGAAAGAUCUGGAUAAUUUCUCCAAACAUCUGCUUCAACAACCUUUGACCAGAGCCAUCUUGAAGUAGAGAAAGAAACCAGCAUUGAAGUUCUACCCAACACUACAAAUGCACAUCCUCCCUUUGCAUGCCACACAGCAGAUGUUAGUGAUGGUCAAUAUAUGGUAAACCUAGUGUUUGCACAGGAAAAUAUCCACGGUUUCUUGAUGUUCAUUUGUCCAAAUGGUUUAAAGCCUUAGUGGGGUCUGAGAGCCAGAUUUUCACUCUCAUCACCCACAGAGGUCUGUAAAAGGCCUGAAAUUUAUUUAUUUUUUGAAGAAAUAAGUAAAUCUAAACUGCUCAUGAACAGAUGUCCAUUUCCAGUUUUGAUUUCUGAGGUGUUUUGGGUUUGAUGGUGCUACCCCCAUUCAAUGCAAAAAUCACAAUUCUUGAGAACCUCCAGGAACAAACUCUCCCAACCCUCUAAAAUCUCAAAAUACCCUUUUUUUAUACUUGGAGGGCUCUGGGGGGGGCACAAAAAUAGUUUUGGGUGCCCACCUGCAGCCUAUGGGCCACAUUUUGCCCACUCUAAAUUCAUGUCAAUGACUAUAGUUUUGGGCAAUAAUUUUCAUCAUAAAAUAUUCCAAUUCCCCCAAAUAAAUAUAAUUAAUGAGUAGGCUUGUGUUAAGCCCAGUAUAUGCCUGUGAGCAGUACUGUCAGUGCAUGUGAGAUCUAUCUUGGGGUACAUCCAUGCCGUAGGUGGCUCAAGACCAGAGUAGGGGCUAUUCCUGGCCCUUUUUCCCAUGAGAGUGAAUGAUGAGCGCUGCAUGUGUAAAAGAUGCACUUGAUUGGCCGUGGCAGCUAGCUUUCAGUUUAUUAAGGUUUAGAGCAGUGCAUCAACAGAUUGCCAAUAUAGACUAUCUGCUGCAGCAGUUCAAGAGUUUUAGCAGACUUCUAAGAGAUUAUUUUCUUUUCGAAACAAGGGCAACACAAUGUGUUUGAGAGACGUAUUCUUUGAAAAUUUUUAAAUUUUCCAAAACGAGAUAGAUCUCAACCCUCUUUUGUAAAUGUACUAAAAAACUAAUCAUUUUCUUUGAUAAUAGAUGAACACAGUGGAAUGUACUUGUUCUCAUUCAGAUAUGGAAGAACGUUGAUAUGCCAGGCAUGCUGGGUCAGACACUUUACAGAGUGCUCUGUUGUCUAAACAAUCUGUAUCCGGAUCAGUUCCUGACAAAAGACCAGUUCAUUCAACUGCGGAAUUUAGAUUCACAUUUUAAAAACUUAGAUUCAGAUUUUGUUUUGCGUGAUGGGCGAUGCCUGAACCAGAGCACUGGUGAUGCAGCAGGUCUCUGAGCAGCAUCAUGUAAUUUAAUUGGCAAGUUAUUCACACCUUUUUAUGAACAACCGGGCAUGUGAAAUAACUUGUAUGGCAAAUUUACAGUAUGGAUUAAAAUAUAUUGAGAACAAGGACUUAUAAUGUCUUGUCUGAGCUAUAUUUAGUGCGGAACAAGAGACACAAGAAAAACAUUAGUGUUACUCUGCCUGAACCUCCAUAAUGUUUAAUAAUGUGAUCUUGAAAUGCCAGUCUUUGUUGUGCAUCUCCCUCAGAAGUAUUUCUGCUUUCUAAUGGCAAUACAGAUACAAUUAUGUAAGCUGAACAGUGAGUUAAGGUGCUGCUUGGCCAUAUGAUCUUAUAAUGACUAGUCGUUAAGAUUGUAGUUCAACUUUAAUAGGAAAAGGUAAUACAGUAUUGGCUUCCCACACAGUUUUAAAGGAUAUGUUACUAAUAUUAAACUGCAACCAAUCAUAGAAGACAAAAACAGUUAUUAAAUGAGAGCUGUGUUUUGUUUCCUUUCUGCAAAUAUAAUUUGGAUGCCUGUGUUCUUAAUGCAGCUGUUAAAUCAAAGACUUUCACUGCAAGGCGAGGCCUUAAAGAGCAAACAGGGUUAAGAAACAUGUUCCGAGUUCUCAAAUAUUUCUAGCCACGGUGUAUUUAGAAGUACUGAUCAGUUAACUGUACAACAUUCUGAUAUCAGGCCUGAUCUCAGUAUAACAUUUUAAAAUACACAUAGACAAUGAGGGGAUGAAUAUUUUUGUUCAAUUUAAUGUCAGACAUAAUAAACCCAACUUCUAAUUGUUAGGCUUACAUUCCUACUAGAAGAUUUCGUUCUACUGCCCAAAGAAAAGUUGUGAAAAAUGCUGUACUUGUUGCAAAAUAAUAUUAACAUACCUGCCACAGCUAAGUAAAUAAGAACCUCCUUUCGUGCUUAUGUAUCUGUAGUAAAAAGAUAGUUAUGGAUGCAGAUGUAUCUGAAACUGCUUGCAAUGCAAUUGAAUGGAAAAACUGCAGGUGUGAUGUUGGCUUAUACCAUGACCUAAUUAAGGACAUUUUCGAAAUGACAUAGCACAAUGCUGUCUUUGUUUAAAGUAUGUUAUGUUAAGGCUGUCGAAGAUUUCAUCCUUAAUCUGUUUGGCUGUUUGUGCUUUUUGAAAUGGGUAUGACUGAAAUAUUUCUGCA